UCUUUAAUUUUGUUGCUAUGGUAACGUUAAUUAGAGCAACACUUGAACCGGAAGUUGACUUGCUUCGUAUUCUUUCCGUAUUUGUCAGUAUCUGGAGCAGUAAUGGCUGCUGAGAAGAGGAUUUUAGUAACUGGAGGAUCAGGACUCGUUGGGAAGGCAAUUCAAGAGAUUAUUGAGAAGGAGAAGGAGCCAAAUGAAGAAUGGAUCUUUCUGUCAUCAAAAGAUGGCGACCUGAGCGAUUUAGAGGAGACUAGGAGCAUCUUUUCAAAGCACAGACCGACUCACGUGAUCCAUUUAGCUGCCAUGGUUGGAGGAUUGUUUAAAAAUAUGAGGAGACCGGCCGAUUUUCUAAGAAUAAAUUUACAAAUUAAUGACUGUGUACUACACUGCAGCUACGAAUUUAAAAUCCAGAAGUGUGUCUCUUGUCUAUCUACUUGUAUAUUUCCGGAUAAAACGUCUUAUCCGAUUGACGAAACAAUGGUUCAUAAUGGACCGCCACACCCAUCUAAUUAUGGGUAUGCAUACGCCAAAAGAAUGAUAGACAUACAGAACAGGGCCUAUCAUGACCAGUAUGGCUGUACCUUUACCAGUGUUAUCCCAACUAAUAUCUAUGGCCCUUGUGAUAACUUUAAUUUAGAAGACAGUCACGUCAUACCCGGUCUUAUACACAAGUGCUAUUUAGCUAAAAAGAACGAUCAACCGUUGACCAUAUUUGGUAGUGGUAAACCUCUCAGACAAUUCAUCUACUCGAAGGACCUUGCUAAACUUUUUGUUUGGGUUUUACGAAAUUACGAAGACGUUGAUCCAAUUAUAUUAUCAGUUGGCGAGGAAGACGAGGUGUCUAUUAGUAGAGUAGCUGAGCUCAUUGUGGAGGGAAUGGAGUUUAAAGGACAAGUUAUUUAUGAUAUUAGCAAGUCUGAUGGACAGUACAAGAAAACUGCAAGCAACAUGAAAUUAAAAUCUUUAUAUCCUGACUUCAAAUUUACUGAUAUUAAAACCGGAAUAUUUGAGACAGUCCAAUGGUUUCAAGAGAACUAUGACUCUGCUCGUAUUUAAACUGCAUCUAUAUAUACAAUUUUUAAUAAUCUAUAUGUGUGUAAAUGUAUUGUAUGAAAUGGAGGAUUCUCUCCUUUUCAUUUUUGACAAAAUUUGGCCCGUGACCAUUUAAAAAUUUGUAAAAAA